AUGGCUACCCAGGUCCCAGCAACCACACGAUCGUACUGCUUUCCGACCAUCGGCUCCUACACCAACCUUACCUUGCAGACUACGCCCGUUCCAGAUAUCAUCAAGUCCACCGAUGUCCUUGUCAAAGUACAUGCUGUAUCUCUCCAGUACCGCGACCUCCUCAUCGCUUCGAAUCGAUACUUUAUCGGCAACUUACUCGAUAACCUUAUCCCUUGCUGCGAUAUGGCUGGUGAGGUGGUCGCGACUGGUGCCGAUGUGACGCGCUGGAAGGUUGGUGACAGGGUCUGUGCCAAUCCUUCGAUGGAAUACUUGGAUGGGGACGUCGACGCGGAUACGUUGCGAAUGGCCCUUGGUGGCGGACGGCAUGGUGUAUUAACCGAGUACAAGACUUUCCCGGAUUAUUCAUUGGUCAGAAUACCGGAACAUCUAUCCUAUGAAGAAGCUUCGACGCUUCCUUGUGCUGCUCUCACGGCAUAUAAUGCGCUCAUGGGUCCGAGGCCAGUCAAAGCAGGUGAUACUGUUCUCGUUCUUGGAACUGGUGGCGUCUCUAUCUUCGGCCUGCAAUUUGCCGUAGCUUCCGGGGCUACCGUUAUAGCAACAUCUUCCUCCGACGCUAAACUGGAAAUUGCUAAGAAACUCGGUGCUACCCACACGAUCAAUUAUAAUACAACGCCAGACUGGGACAAGGAAGUACUGAGGUUGACGGAUGGACGGGGUGUCGAUCAUGUUCUAGAGGUCGGAGGUGCUGGAACUCUCGGGAAAUCGAUAAUGGCUGUACGGUGUGCGGGAUACGUACAUAUAAUUGGAUUAGUUUCACAGGAUUCCCCGGAGCUAACCAACGUUGUCGGACUUUGCAUCGGCAAGGGUAUCAAUCUACGGGGAGUUCUGAUCGGUUCUACUGCACAGUUCGAGUCGAUGAAUCGUCUUUUGCGUGCCCAUCCAGAGUCGACACGACCAGUGGUCGACAAGGUGUUCUCGUUCGAGGAGGCCAUCGAGGCCUACGCGUAUUUGGAGAGUCAGAAACAUGUUGGGAAGAUCGUGAUUCGUGUCGCUGCUGAGUCCACAUUGUAAUUAUUCAAGCUGUACGAGAAUAGUGAA